AUGCGGAUACCCUCGCUCAUUACGAUCGCGGCGUUAGCCGUCCGAGGGGGGAGUGGUGGUGGUGGUGGUAGUGGUGCUGGGUUCCUUGAUCCCGAAGGUGGGUCUCAGAAGGUGUUGCUACGUCCUGAUAUGAGAGGAAAUAUACCGGACGAGCUAGAUCUAAAUGGUGUAAUCGCCAGCGUUAGGGAAGACGCGCAGAGUCCGGUGUCGUGCGCGGUGUGCGAAACGGUCCUGCUUCAACUCAAGCUUGCGGCGUUAAGAGGCGAUGGGUUCUUUGUGGAUGUCACAACGGAGCUCUGUAAACGGGCCGGCAUCGAAGACGACGAUGUAUGCGAGGGCGCUGUGGCCCUAGAAGGGCCUGUCAUCGCGCACGCUCUGCGCGGGAUGAAGAUAGGAUCCAAGACGUCGCGCUUAGCUUGUAUCGCGCUCAUGGGACUGUGUCCGUACCCCGAGAUUGAACCUCAUGACAUCUCGUUCCCGUCGCCGAAGCCGAAGACUAGGCGACCGCCGCCUAGCAGCCUGAAACCGCUGCAAGUGGUGCAUUUCUCGGAUAUUCAUGUCGACCCGCUAGAAAAUGCCCUCGACGACUUUCCAGGUCAUAAACAGGCCAGCCCGCACGGCGAGCACGCAUGCGACGCCCCCAUUAGCCUGGAGGAGAGCAUGUACGCGGCGAUCAACGCCAUCGCGCCAGACGCGGCCUUUGCCAUCUUCACCGGAGACAUCGUCGACCACGCCAUCUGGCGUACCUCGCGAGCGUACAACUCGCGCGUCAUACAUGACACCUAUGCCCGUAUGGCGAACGCCGGACUGCAUGUAUACGCGACGGCCGGGAACCACGAAGUUUCACCCGCAAACGCGUUUCCGCCUACAGAGAGCAGCGCCGAGGAUGAAGUUAGCGACGGCACGAGCUGGGUCUACGAGUUGCUGGCGGAAGUCUGGACGAAGUGGAUCGGGCCCCGGGGUGCGGACACGACGAGAGACUUCGGGGCGUACUCCGUUCGGCAUCCUAGCCGUGUGGAAGACGACGGGGCGGGCGUGGGCGUGGGCGGGCUAAGGGUUAUUUCGGUGAAUACGAAUUUGUAUUACGACCAGAACUACCGCAUGUACGAGGACCCGAUGGAGAAGGAUCCGAGCGCGCAGCUUGAGUGGCUUGUACGUGAGCUGGAUGCGGCGGAGAGGGCGGGCGAGAGGGCGUAUGUUGUGGGACACAUGCCGAUGGGGAAUAGGGAUGCAUUUCGGGAUGCGUCGAAUUAUUUUGAUCAGAUUGUUAGAAGGUAUGAGGGUGUUAUUGCGGCUAUGUUCUUCGGCCACACUCACUAUGACGAAUUCCAGCUCUCAUAUGCAGAUUACGGUGAUAGAUCACACAUGAACGCACUCGUCACAUCGUACAUCGCGCCGUCGAUGACGCCGAUGUCAGGGCACCCGGCCUUUCGUGUGUACGAUGUAGACCCGGUCACUUUCGCCGUCCUCGAUGCUACGACGUAUAUCGCUAACAUGAGCGAUCCCGAAUUCCCGUCCUCCGGGCCGAAAUGGACGAAAUACUACUCGAUGAAAGAGACGUACGGACCAUUAGCAGGGAAGGGGUCAGACUUAAGUAGCGAGCAGGAGCUAACGCCUGCAUUCUGGCACAACGUAACUGAGGCUCUCGAGAAGAACGAGACGGCGUUCGAGGAGUAUUUCGGGAGGAGGUCCCGGAGAUGGGGGGUGGGGAUUUGCAAUGGGGAGUGCAGGAGCACGGAGAUAUGCAAGUUGAGGGCCGGGAGGGCGCAGGAGAAUUGCGUGCCUCCCGGGUUGAGGAUCGGUAGCGUUACUGAGAUGAAGAAUGGCCGCAAAGUACUUGAAGAGGAGGAGGAGUGUGGGGGUUCGGUUAUACGUGAUACGCUGGGGAGUAUAGCUGUAGAUGAGAAUACGUUGAGAGACUUUAAGGAGGUAGUAGCUGAGAGAGGGAUUCUGUAUACUUGA